AUGUGCGAGGGUAGGGUCGGCUUCUCGUAUAUACUCGAUUGGACCACCCUCCAACAUCUUACCCCCUUCAACAAAUUACUCCGCAUCAAUAUCGUAACUUUUCGAACGGUUGCUUUGACUGACAGCGAAUUUCUAGAGAUGGGAGAUGCGUGGCCGAACCUAGUCUCCCUCGGCAUAUACGAAGGGAACGGCUGGAGCGGCGGCUCGCGACUAACCCUUCCAGGGUUACGACGAUUUCACAAGAAGCUCCCGCAGCUUACGAAAAUCGCCAUAGCCGUUGAUGGUACCAGUGUGAGCCCAGGGGAUAUUGGCAGUCACCAUCUAGGACAGUUCAGCAUCUACAGAUCCUUCAAGCUGGAUUUGUUGGACUCGAUUAUCGGAGACAAUGCCCUAAAGGUUGCAAUGUACCUCGCAGACAUCUUUCCCCUUCGUGGAACAGGGAGGGAAAAACAGGAUAUCCGCGCCUGGAGUCUGAUGGAAGACUCGGAGAGACCAAAUCAUCGUCUUGCGGCACUUCGGUGGAAGAAGGUAGUCCGGAUCAUGGGUGUCUUUAACAAAGUUAGCUUCCACCGACCUCAGAACCAACUAAGAUUCGACGGAGACGGCUUUUACGACAGUGAUGGCGCAUAUAAUUGUGAUGGCAAUCUUCUCGCAAUUGAUGAGCAAAAGGACUCGUGCAUGUGA